UAAUUUUCCAUCAAACAAAUUAAAAUAUAAAUUGAAAUGAGAAUAGACACUUUUACAUAACAAAUUAUUAUCCAAGGUAUAAAAAUGGCAUUUGAUUUAAAGGAUGAAAAAUCGGUAAAAGAAUACUUAGAUAAGUUGGGCAUUGAAUAUAGAUUUGGAUGUUUUUCAGAAAGAAAUCCUGAAGCAUGCCAUUUACUUGGUGAUUAUUUAGAAGCCGUAAAAAAAGACUAUGAAAAAGCGGCAAAAAUAUAUAAAAAUAAUUGUGAAGAAUUGAACCAUCCUAAAAGUUGUCAUAAAAUUGGUAAUUAUACGUUAUUGGGGAAAGGACGUGAACCUGAAAAUCCGAAAUUAGCAUUAAAAUAUUUUAACAAAGGUUGUGACUUAAAUGAUCCUGAUGCGUGCCUUCAUUCUGGCUUAAUGCUUGUAACCAAUGGAGGGUUUGACCAAGUUGAUUACAAUUUGAAAAAGGCAAUGGAACAUUUGGACAAGGCUUGUGAAGGUAAUAAUUCAAACGCCUGCCAUUAUUUAUCUGGAAUGUAUAUCUCAGGUGUGAGAAAAGGAGGUGUUAAAUCACGUUUCAAUGCAAAUUCAGUAUUACAAGAAGACAACGUUCCAAAGACAAAUGAAUAUGAUUUACAAAAAGACAUGACUAAAGCAUUUUCAUAUGCAUUUAAAGCUUGCAAUUUAAAAAAUAUGUACGCAUGUGCGAAUUUAAGUCAGAUGUAUGCAAGGGGCGAAGGCACAGAGAAGAAUCCGGAAUUAGCUGAAAAAUAUAAAGCAAUUGCAAUUGAAUUGCAGGAUGAAUAUCGUACAAAAAAACAAACGUUAACAUUUCAAGAAGGGCUUAAACCUAAAUAAAUUAGACGCAUCAAUUUUAAUAUGUAAACUUGUACUGUAGUUAAUUAUUGUUUGCUUUUUUAUGUAAAUAAAAUUGUAUUAUUGUUGACAA